AAAUAAAAAAUCCGGAUAUAUUGCUGCAAGUCGCAUUUCCCCCCGGCAUGCUGGCCUAUCUACCUAUCCUAGAGGCUAGAGCUGGUUGACAUCAAGAAAGCGCCCUGGUCUGGCGCUGAAUAAGGAGGUGAAACAUUGCUAUACCCCUCUGCCCAAUCAUAUCCCCUGCUGCAUUCUGCUCAAUUGCAAGUUCCGCCAUGUCAGGAGCGGGUGCGAAGGGCGGCUUUGCCAAGGGUUUCCUGCUGCCAAAGGCCAAGUCCCCUCGCCCGGCAGCUUCUCAAAGCGAGGCGAAUGAAGCGUCGACACAAUUGCCGGUCAAAGACCCUCACAAACGCCUCCCGGAAGGGGAGAGUUCUAGAAGCCUGCAAGCAGAGAAUGCUGAGACAACGUCAACUAGAGAUGGUGAUAAAAGUGCGCAAGUGCUGGCGCCUCCGGAAGAGGUCAGCCCUGAGAAGCGAACGAAACGGGAAGAGGAAGGGGAGCUAAUGGAGGUGGAAAGGAGUGGCGCGGGCGACACAGAAACGCCAGAAGCGUCCACCAGUCAAGAAGCGUCAACUAGUGGCGGGCCGGAAAAAGCAGCAUUUGGCACAAGGAGGAAGCCAGUGGUCAUCAUCGUGAUUGGAAUGGCAGGCAGCGGAAAGACGACCCUGAUGCAGCGCCUCAACGCUCAACUCCACAUGCAAAAGUCGCGGGGCUACGUGGUCAAUCUCGACCCUGCAGUGACGUCACUCCCGUACAGCGCAAACAUCGACAUCCGGGACACGAUCAACUACAAGAACGUGAUGAAGGAGUACAACCUGGGGCCGAACGGAGGCAUCCUGACGUCACUCAACCUGUUCGCUACAAAAUUCGACGAGGUGGUCGCCCUCAUAGAAAAACGCGCCGACACGCUCGAUUACGUCAUCGUAGACACGCCCGGCCAGAUCGAGAUCUUCACGUGGUCCGCGUCGGGCGCGAUCGUCACGGAAGCGUUCGCCUCGACUUUCCCGACAGUCGUGGCUUACGUCAUCGACACACCACGGACGAUCUCCCCAAUAACAUUCAUGAGCAACAUGCUGUACGCGUGCGGGAUCCUGUACAAAACGCGGCUGCCCCUGCUGCUGACGUUCAAUAAAGUGGACGUCGCGCGGCACGACUUCGCUCUCGAGUGGAUGCACGACUUCGAAGCGUUCCAGGCCGCCGUCGAGUCGGACAGUUCGUACUCCGCCAAUCUGAGCCGCAGUUUGUGUCUGGUUUUGGACGAGUUCUACAACAACCUGCGGACGGUCGGCGUGUCCGCUAUCACGGGCGAAGGCAUGCCGGAGUUCUUCAAAGCCGUCGAAGAGGGGGCGGAAGAUUACAUGAGAGAAUACAGGGUCGAAAUUGAGGAGCGGAAAAAGAAGAAAGCAGCGGAAGAGGAGGAGCGGAGAGCGGCCAACCUGGCGCAGCUUCAAAAGGAUAUAGCCGAAUCGAAAGGGGAGAAGAUUGUACUCGACGCGCGGAAACAGGCGGUGCUAGAAAAGGAAGAAGUGAGCGAGGACGAUGAGGGGUAUGAGAGCGAAGACGAGGAGAUGGAUGAGGGGGAAAUUCCGUAAGCGGAACGGUCGAGAUCAGCGUCAAAAGCCCUAGAAACGUGCUUUUAUAGGUGAACAAAAUCUCGUAAUCUUGUCAAAAAUGUGGGAUCGAAUGGGCGCAUAGUACCAAAAACUUUAGUACACUUGCGGGCCCGUAGUAUUAGUCCGGAGUCACGGAAGAUCGGGGUUUAGUCCUGCGCGAUGGACUUACAAAUGAGAAGGUCGACACGGAGCUGCAAUACCGGACAUUCAUGCAAUGAAGUCCAGCUUGAGGCGGACCAGUUAGGCGCCCGGCCACGAAUCUAGUUAGAGACGACUCAUAUAUCUAGCUAGGUUCCGUCAAGCAUUGAAUCUACAAACGAGCGUCAAUAAAUACCUCAUGCAAUACCAUGCCAAGUAUGAUCAAUUAUGCAGUUUAAGUUCAAG